ACCUACUCUCCAUCAACAAAAUUUCCACGCUUCCACUUCGCGUCCUACCCUCCACAACUUUUCCCAUUAGAAGUUGACCUCGGCGUCCCCACUAACAAGUUUCAAAUCCUUCAACAUGUCGAACGAAGGAUAUUACAACCAAGGUCAGAACCAAGGGUCCAACCAAUGGCCCAACCAAGGACCCAACCAAGGGCCACCUCAGCAAUGGGGACCACAGCAGCCAUACGCACCACAGCAGCAAUGGGGACCGCAGCCCCCACAACCUGCGUAUCCACAUCCACAACAAGGUUAUGGCCAACAAUACUCUCAGCAACCACAAAUGCAGUACCAAGAAGCACGGCCGGCAAAGCAGAAGAACGGCGCCGCUUCAGGAUGUCUCGGUGUCUGUCUGGCCACCUUGUGCUGCUGCUGUGUCUGCGAAGAAGGCUGUGAAGCCUGCGCUGAUUGUGCUGAGUGCUGCGAAGGAUGCUGCUAAAUACGAAAUCAACAAUACCACUCCGACGGGGCUGCGAGCUCGUACAUAUAUACAAUUGAAAUGCGAUGGGUCUUUGUAACAGGAGAACAGCGGUAUAUGAAAAGGCAGGGAAUGGGGAAAGUAUGGUGCUCUAGGUUGUCCUUUGUUCACGGCCUUACAAUUGCGAUUACGCUGAUUUGAUAUCUGUUUUGCACACCUUUGCGCUUCUCAACAUCUUGGUGGAAUAGCAUCCAGUCCAUAAUUCAACCUUUUCCUAGUAUUCAACUUGCGACUUAAAAUAAUGGUAAAGGCAAUUGUUCGUCUCAUCUCCAUGCAGUCGCAAAGUUAGGUAUCCAUUGCGGGGAAUGGAAAAAGUUCUCGGCGAUACGGCACAGACUUCCCUUACGACAUACCAAGACUAUUCAAGGAUCUUGGCAUCAAUGGUGGUGUUUGUCAUUUGACAACCGAAAGUUGCUUCAUCGCCAUGUUUCUUGUAAUGAAAACGCGGAAGACUUCUAUACCUGGCAACACAUCCGAGAAAUGACUGCUUAUAUCAAUAUCACCUACGUGAAAGACUCCAUAAUGACGAAAGUCGUUGGUCAAAAUGUCACAUUUUCUCCAUGUCAGGCAUAUUCAAUGAUCUCUCGAAGGUUUUCAUUUCCACAGUCUCGCAGCCAUCACUCGCUCUUUUAAGAUAUCACUAGGACAGAGCAAGGCCAGCAGGGGUUUAAAGGUGAUCCAAAGGUAUGCCAAAUUGGUUAAAUCAAGUGAGAAGCUUGACUGGCGCCAAAAGCACAUGGACCAAGAUGCCCUACUUUCCUGCUUUUCACGGACCUGGCCUUUUGGUCGCCAGCCACCUCUGAGCAAGUCGGUGCCGAUUCUACACCCGAAGCGCCUUCGCCUGAACUAUCUGGACCUAAUGUACCGCCUUCUUCCACCACCUCUCAAGCAGAUACCGAAAUGGUGGAGUACUUUUACUAUGAUUAGGGACUCCGUCACGAGACGGGACCUUUGAGUUCUCGGAGGAAGGAUAACGAGAGUGCAGAGACUACGCUCAGGAUUACAAUGUGGAAUUUGGAAAAGCUGGUAAUCGUUCUGAGGAUGCCGUGAGAAACCAAGGUCCAACAAUUGAACCUUGCAGAUCCUGAUUCUCCCCUCGUCUGGCUGGAUGUCACCAUGAACUUAACCCCAGAAGGUGGAUACGGAGUUCUGCGGUCUACAAACGAUGAUAAUAGGCACCCACUGACACACAAAGUAUCCAAGGUUCAAGUUCAGACACACCAAGGAUGGUCGUGAAUGAUGCGAACUUGAUGCUUUCAAAUACCGGUGCGACUCCUAGAUGCACAUACUAUGAAGAAGAGCUGUGGAGGAAAUUCUAUGAUAGACCUUAGCUGGGGAUGAUGACUGUUAUGCCGGGCCAAUGGGGCAGGUAUCAGCUAAACUGCUUGCUCCGAAAAUCGCAGCAGGCAACCAGAAUGAAAGCAGAAAUCGAAAAACUGAUAUGAAUUAUCGCAGUAAGUCGGUAUAAGAGGCUCGAUUUUUGGUUUAGGAUGAAGAGAUAGUGGUUGGAAAGGGAGGAGGUGGCUUUUUUGUGUUGAUUCGCUUAACACAAGUGGGUUAGUGUGGAGGCUUCGUUCAUAGUGGAAUGCACUGGCCCAUUAAGUUAUUGAUGGGCUCAGUUUUCAUUCAUAACAUCUUCGGU